UCUAACACGACACACUGAACGCCAGGAGGAUACACCACCGAUCAUUUUCAUCAGAGAGAACAACAGAGCACACUGCUGUUUUAGCAUUGCAAAUAAAACCGUGACCUGUAAAGUCACCGCGAAUAAGGGCAGGUUUGCAUAUGACCGCCGUGUAUACACACUCAAAUGGAUCUAAUGCGUUACCUUCCGAGGGAAUGACUGUCUCAGUCAAGGGCGCGUUUAAUUAGCGGAGUCUUCCUGCACUUGAGAUCGAUGUGCACCGGUGGGCACGAGAACACUCAAAGUGUUUGACUUCACUCCUGUCAUUGGAAAACACAAUGGGAUGCGCUUCUAGCACUCAGACCACCGCUCAAGACACAACACGAGUCAACACCAAACAAGGUGGGAGCACAUCUGGCAAUGCAAAUGGUGGUCUUGCAGCAGACAAUGAAACAAUUCAAGCUCUUGAUUUUACUGAGGAAGUACAGAGCUCUACGACUGCUACAGCUCACAGUGAGCCAGAAGCAGCUCUAGCUGAUGCCCCAGCAGAAGCAGCUCCGGCUGAUGCCCCAGCAGAAGCAGCUCCGGCUGAUGCCCCAGCAGAAGCAGUUCCGGCUGAUGCCCCAGCAGAAGCAGCUCUGGCUGAUGCCCCAGCAGAAGCAGUUCCUGACCAGCCAGCAGAAUCUGAACCCAACCCCUCCACAGCAGCUGAAAGUACUGAAGAAUCUACACCAGCACCAAGUGAAAAUACAACUGAGGGCCAGGCAGAUUCCUGCCCACCUGAGGAAGGACCAGCUACUGGUGAAGACAGUUAAGUGUGCAUCGAUUGGCAGAGUUUCUGCAGAAUCCAGACUGGAACACAUAUUUCCAAUACAAUCAGGAUUUCACUUGAGAUUGUUUAAUAAAACUACAAUGAAACAGUAG